AUGCGUAAGCUAUUUCCCCCCCAAAGACAAAGACAAAGACAGCAGCUGCAGCAGCACCAGCAGCAGCAGCAGCAGCAGCAGCAGCAGCAGCUGCUGCAGCAGCAGCAGCUGCUGCAGCAGCAGCAGCAUGAUGAUGAUAUUUGGGUUAUUGCUGCUAUUUCGGGGGAAAUGGUUGAAGAGCAGCAGCAGCAGCAGCAGCAGCUGAAGCAGAAACAGCAAUACACAGACCAGCAGCAGCAGCAGCAGCAGCAGCAGCAGCAACAGCAGCAGCAGCAGCAGCAGCAGCAGCAACAGCAGUUUAUAUCUCAGUAUUAA